AUAAUGAGGUAACACUUUAAUUUGAGUUAUGACUCUUAUUUUUUGUUGAGAUAAAUAUUCUUCCAAAUUCGAUAGAUUUUAUGAAUUAAUCGUGAUUGUGUGGUUAUUAAAUACAUAGGAUAUCGUUUUUAGAGGAGGUAACAUGGCUCAUAGGAAACGCCGAAAUCGGAUAAGAAAAUCUUAUGCGUCUAAGCGUUUGCAAAAUGAAAUUUUGGAACAAUAUGCAUCACAAAAUACAAUCAAACCGGUAAUUGAACAACCAAGCUAUGUUUCAGUUGGGGUACAGACUGAAGAGGAAUUGCCGUCAAUACAUAAGAAGAAAGCCUUUGACAUUAAUGACCUAGAAUCAGUAGCACGAAUUUCUCAUAUACCAAUAGUCGAAACAGGAUGGAGUUAUGCCGAGGGGGUCUAUAAAAAAAUUAAGGGUUCAAGUUCGUUGAUACACUGGACUUUGGACACCGCCGAGCUAUCAGCUCAAUCAGUGUACGAAGCUGCUUCACCGGCAAUGAUUCUAUUGAAAGGACCUUUGUCGUCUCUAGAUCAAAUUGUUUGCAAAAGUCUAGAUAUUGUUGAACAAACUGUACCUUCUAUCAAUUUGCCGCCGGAAAUGAUUUAUUGGAAUACAAAACAGUACGUUCAAGAAGUUGGAACGAAGAUAGCUCAGCCCGUUUUAAAGAGAGCCGAUUCAGUGAAACAAAUUGGAAACAGUGUAUUGUCCAGCAAAUACACUGCAAUAGCUGCUGAUACUUUGGACGGCGCUUUAGUUGUAGCUGAGAAAUACGUCGAUAAAUAUUUGCCGGCUCAGGAUGAUCAAGCUUCGGAAGAAGUUUCUGUUCCUGUUACUGAGGAUGGUCCUAAAGGAAAAGCGAUUAGCACAAUUCAUCACGCUGACAGGUUUUCAAGAAAGCUUAGAAGACGACUGACUCAAAGAACAAUCGCCGAAGUCAAAGCCCUAAAACACCAAAGUGCCGAAGCAGUACACGUUCUCACAUAUGUUCUAGAACUGAUUGCUACCGAUCCUGUCCUGGCUUACCAAAAAGGAAAAGAGUUGUGGGCUAGUUUGAGCAAAGACGAACCGGAAAAUCAGGCAAGGCCAGAAAAUCUGGAGCAGUUGAUUGUUCUUUUAACCAGAGAGUCUGCCAGAAGAGUUGUUCAUCUUAUUAAUUUCUCUAGCACCUUGCUUAGCACACUUCCCAAGAGGAUUUCGUAUUCCAUCGGUGCUGUUGUUAACAAGUUCUUGGCUCUGACAGAUUCUGCUGUCAAGACGGUCCACAUGGAAAAUGUUCAAGAAAAAGUUGUGGCUGUUUUAAAAGCUCAGGCGCACGUAUUGGCACUUGCCAUAAAGAACGUCAAUAAUCAAAUUAGCGAAUAUUUGGAACAAAUCGCUGAAGACUUGUCUAAACGAGGAGAAAAGCCCAAAGCUGUGCUUUCCGUACCUCAAAUAACUGUCAAUACUCCCAAAGCGACUCUGGUAAACUCCAAGCAAAACGCAAACGGCGUUGAAAAUAAUUAUGAAUGAAUCUGCUGAUAUAUAAAAGAAAUAUGUAAUAAAAGAAAAAAUAUAAUAGUAUUUGGGUCUUAAUGUACUAGAAGUUAACAUUUUUAGGUGUAGUGAUACCUUAACGAAUAGAGCUUUAAGUACUAGAUUCAGAUUAUAUCAUCUCACUCUUAGACUAAUAUACAGACUAUUCU